UUUAUGCCAAAUGUAGGUAGGUAUGUAGAUUUAUUUUGUCACAAUACAACAGGUUAUAGAGUGAAAUUUAGUUUGUAACUUCCUUCUGCUACGUAGCAGACAACUUACAUCAAUAUAGAAGCAAUUAUUAAAAUUAUUAAAAAGGUCAGUGGAGCAGUGCUUAGCAUGAGUUAGAGUUUAAAAGCCUGAUAGCUUGGGGGGAAAAGCUGCUCUGUAUGUCGUGUCAAUUUAGAAUCGGCACUCAAAACCACAAAUGUCAAGGUGGAGCUAGAUAAGUUAGGGUAGUUCGCCUAAUGUCAAGGAAAUCCAUUCAGUAGCUGUUGAGAUAUUUCAGUCUGGACUAAUGCUGCCAGCAUGGCUUUAUACACUGUGCAUGUUUAAAUGUUUUGAAUAAAUCCAAGAUUUAAGAAACUAAGUUAAAUGCAAUCAACCUUUCAUCAUAAGUGUAAACUAGCAUACAUUUAACAACCAUAAGCCACCAGUAUGUUGUAGUUGAAAUAGAAACAUUAGCCAUAUCAGAAUUGUACUGCUGAUAAUACAAAUCCUAGAAUAAUGCUUCAGAGUUUUAAUUCAGAAUUUGGGCUUUGAAGUAGCUUGUGCUGUCAAUACAUUUUUGACAACACUCAAAACUCUUGUUCAUUCUAAUCUUCUUCAUCAGAACUCAGUGGGAAUACAGGUGUGAAUGUGUGAUAUCAAUUUUGGCCUGAUAUUGCCGUUAGAUAGUUAGGGGAAAUGUAUAUACACUUGCUUGUAUAUACGCGAUUUAUAUUUAUUAUGAUCAGCAAAUGUUUUCAAUCAAAGCUAUGUGAAAUUUGUGUUAAUGUGUUUAGCACACAUUAAACUCCCCAGUGAUCACUGCAAUUACAUCAUCGUGUGUGACAAGCAUAGACUGAAAAGGCGACAAGAGGCUCUCAGCUGCUCCUGUCAAAGCACAACGUGAGGAACAUUCAGUAGUGGUGAAACCACUGCAUUUAUACAGUAAGUAUAACUGAGACUUUAACAAUUUGGUUAAACAUACCUGCUUAUUGUUUCUUACCUACUUGUAAUCAUUUUGCAUCAUUUAUCACUGUGGAAAUCUCUGUUCUCUCAAUUGGUUCGGUGCUCUCAAAGUCAAAACCAACCCAGUUAACAAGAACUUGCAGCUGCAUGGUAACUGUUCACAGGAUCCAGCUGUGUAAUUUUUUUUUUAUUCGUCAAUCACUGAUACUGUCUGUUGGGUAAAUGGAAAACAGUACUUAUUUCAACCUCACCAUGUUUGUGAUAUUGAACAUUGGGAACUACCGCUACCCAGCAUUUGUCUUGUGUUUCAUGCUGUAUGCUUUUAUUAUCUCAGCUAAUCUCACUAUAAUAGUGGUAAUAUCACGAGAGAAAACUUUACAUGAGCCCAUGUAUAUUUUUAUUAUGUGUCUCUCUAUUAACUCUCUGUACGGCUCUGCUGGCUUCAUCUUCAGAUUUCUCAGAGACCUUGUGUCUGAUACUCAUUUGAUUUCACGAUCAGCUUGUUUCACUCAGAUCUAUGUCAUUUACACAUAUGCAUCCUACGAGCUCAGCAUUUUAGCCAUUAUGGCAUAUGAUCGGUAUGUUGCUGUAUGUCAACCUUUACAUUACCACAACAAAAUAACCUCCAAGGUGGUCUCUAAGUUGGUCGCCUUGGCAUGGAUCUAUCCAGUCAUUGCUGUUGCAACCCCUGUCUAUCUCGCCUCCAGACUUCCAUUGUGUGGCAAUAAGAUAUCAAAGGUCUUCUGUUCCAACUGGCCUGUUGUAAAACUGUCAUGUGUCACUACUGUGAUUAAUAACCUUGUUGGCAUGUUUAUGACCAUAAGCACCGUCUUUCUUCCCCUGGUUUUUGUCUUGUAUACAUAUGCACGAAUUUUCCUUGUUUCUAGGAAACGCUCCGCAGAGUUCAAAGGCAAAGUCAUACAAAGCUGUCUGCCACACAUUACUACAUUUGUCAAUUAUUCCAUUACUGUGUUUUGUGAUAUUGCUCUCAGCAGAACUAAUCUCGAAGAGCUGAAUCCAUUUCUAGCUGUCAUUUUAUCACUUGAGUUUGUUGUUAUUCCUCCCAUAGUAAAUCCUGUUGUGUAUGGCCUGAAGUUACCAGAAAUUAAAGUACGUAUCUUAAGAAUGUUAUCAUGCUCAAAACCUGACUAACAAACUAAACCUUAAAAAGAAAACCAACAUAAAAACCUGUGCAGCCUCUAUAAGAACCUGUUCUGAUCUAUACUCUUCUUUCAUCAUCACUCUAAAAUAUAUUUACACAACUGGCUGCAGCAAUGAUGUGUGUCAUAGUAAAGGGAGUGAAUACUUGUGCAAACAAUUACUUUUUUAAAAUCUCUAAUUUAAAUCAAUUUGUAGAUAUUUACUGUAAGUAAAUAUGUGUAAAAUGUAAGUAAGUUUCUUUCUGUUAAUCAAUUUAAAAAUAAUAAUAAUAAUAAUUUCCUCUGUAUUCAAUGUUGUAAGGAAUUAAAACAUUGUGAAAGAGUUUGUCAAAAAAAAGUGUCGUUAUCCUAUGAAAAAGUCACUGGGUAAAAAUUAGACAAUGGAUUAUUUUAACAUAAAAAUUGCUAUACCCAUCCAACCAUCCAUCGUCA